AUGCUUAGAUCCGUCACAAAAGGCUAUGGAAGACUUUUCUCUACAAGUCUGAAGAAUUUUGGUCCAACUUCCAAACCAUUUAUUGAUGGAACUUAUUUAGGAGAUUCUUUGGCAGUUGAUGGAUCUAUUGAAACAGUGGAGCUUUCAUACGAUAAAUAUUCCCCAACAAACGAGCCAUCUUCUUUGAAAUCUCCAUUGGUAUUUCUUCAUGGACUUUUUGGAUCUCGUAAAAAUACCAGAACCGUGGCUAAGAAAUUGAGUACAAGAUUGGAUCGUGACGUAUACUGUUUGGAUUUAAGAAACUUUGGUACUAGUCCUCAUCAUCCUCGUUUGGACUAUCCAAGUUUUGCAGCAGAUAUUGAAAAUUGGGUCGGAUUGCAAAAUUUCCCUGAAUCUGCAAAACCAAUAUUAAUUGGUCAUUCAAUGGGUGCUAAAGCAGUCAUGGCAGUAGCAUUAAGAAGACCUGAUUUGCCUAAAUUCAUUUGUUCUGUUGAUAAUUCACCAAUUACAUAUCCAACCUUGGAUUUGCUGUUUGGGAAAUAUGUCAACCAAUUACGUUUGGCAAUAGAGAAAUAUAAAUAUACCAAUAUCAAAGAUGUGGAUGCCAAGUUGGCCGAGGUUGAGCCAAAUCAAUACAUUAGACAAUUUUUGUUGACAAAUGUAAAUAAGGGCCAACGUCAUGAGCAUGUUACAUCUAAAGUUCCAUUGGAUAUUGUGGGAAAUGCCAUCACUAAAGGAAUUAUUGCUAGCUGGCCAUAUGACCUGAAUAUAUCACGAUGGACCGGUCCUUCAUUGUUCAUAAGGGGAACGGAAUCAAAAUAUAUUCCAGAUGACGCCAUACCCGAAAUCGCAAAAUAUUUCCCGGAUUUUGAACUUAGAGACAUCAAUUCUGGACAUUGGGUUAUAAGUGAAAAGCCAAAUGAGUUUAUGGACGUAUUGUCGGAGUUUAUAGAACGAAGAGAAGAUGAAUUAUAG